AUGGCAGCCUCCCAGUUGGCGGCGCUGGAAGGAGAGGAGUCGGGGGCCGGGGGACUGCCCUUGACCGAGGCCAGCCCCGGCUUCCUGUAUUCUGAGGGCCAGCGGCUGGCGCUGGAGGCUCUGCUGAGCAAGGGUGUGGAGGCAUUCGAGGCCUGCAUGCAGCGCGAGGGGCUGCGGCCCUUCCUGAGCGGGGAAGAGCUCCAGAGCCUGGUGGCGGCGGCUGAGGACUGGACUGCAUCCAAGCAGCCGCCCAGCAGGGCAGCAGAGGGAGCCCCUGCCACCGAUCGGGACUCCGGCAGCCUGACUUACUGGCCAGGACAUUCAGAGGAGCUGGUGCCCACGCUGCGCCUGGGCUGGCCAGAGGAUCUGGCUUGGAAGGGAAUCACCCGGGCUCAGCUGUACACUCAGCCCCCCGAAGAGGGCCACCCACCCCUCAAGGAGCUGGUGCGCCGGGAAAUCCAGGCUGCCUGCAAGCUAGUGGCUGUGGUCAUGGACAUCUUCACUGACCCAGACCUGCUUCUGGACCUGGUAGACGCCGCCACACGUCGCUGGGUGCCUGUCUACCUGCUUCUGGACCACCAGCGGCUGCCUGCCUUCCUGACACUGGCCCAGCAGCUGGGGGUGAACCCCUGGGGCACCGAGAACCUAGAUAUCCGUGUCGCGUGGGGCUGUAGUUUCCAGAGCCGCUGGCGACGGCAGGUGAGCGGCAAUGUGCGGGAGAAGUUUGUGCUGCUGGACGGCCACAGGGUCAUCUCCGGAUCCUACAGCUUCACAUGGAGUGACUCUCGUCUGCACCGUGGCCUGGUGACCCUGCUGACCGGCGACAUUGCUGACGCCUUCAGCCGAGAGUUCCGGACACUGUACGCGGCCUCCUCGCCGCUCCCGGCUGCGCCCACCCAGCACCCCUUUGUCAGCACCGUGGGGGGGCUGCGGCUGGCUCACAGCCCCCACCGCGUGGCCCACCGCCGCUCUGUGGCCCCCAUGUCACCGCCGCCACACGACGGUCCGCUGGCCCAACGCUUGGCCGCCUGCCGGGUGUUUGAGGGGGACAGGCAGGAGACCCCGGCCACCCCAGGGCCAGCGCUGAGCGAUGUCCUGAGGAGUGUCCAGAGCGCCCGGACCCCCAGUGGCCCCCCAGCCCGGCCCAGCCGUUCCCUGUGGGACCUGAGCCGCCUGUCCCAGCUGUCCAGCUCCAGUGACGGGGACAGCGAGUUCAAGACGUCCUGGGGCUCCAAGGACACCCCAGCCAAGGCCCUGAUGAGGCAGCGGGGCACUGGCGGGGCCCCCAGGGGUGAGACAGAGCCCCGUCCUCUGAGCCGGUCCCAGCCCUGGGGCGGCACCCUGCCCCUCCAUCCUGCACUACGCCUCCGCUAUCUGUCGCCGACUCGAAGGAGGUUUGGUGCGGAUACUGCCUCCAAACUCCUGGAACGCCGAGGCAGCCAGCAGCCAGAUCGGGCUGCCCAGGCAGGACUCAGGGGGCAACCAUAAUAGAGCCAAAGCCGCAUGGGGUCGGCCCCACCAGCAGCUCCAAGCCCCCUGCCUCCAGGUGGUGCCUGGGACAAGGCUUUUGGCCUGGGUGUCUGUCCGGAAAGCAGCAGAAGGGAUUUUUUUUUUUUUUUCUCUUUGUUCUAGAACCUGGACAAGCCCAGUGCUCACCCUAGAGGCCAGUGUCACAGUUUAGGAAAUGGGCAGAAAGUCUCCAGGAGCUAAGAUCCUAGAACAGUGCAUGUCCCACUUUGGCCCAGCCAGAACUUCCCGGUGGAGGGAGGGGCCUGGCUGAGUGACACCCCCCCACCCCCUACCCCGUGCUGUGAGUUGUGUGGGGUGAAGGUGGGGAGCCCCUGGGACAAAGUAGGGGAGCUUCGGGCACAAACCGUGCUCAGGAGCUCUGGGUAAACAGCUUGGCAGGGGAAAGGACAGAAUCCAACCCAGGGAGCAGGGCAGAAUAAUGACGGCCUGGAAAUUGGUGGGGACACAGCUGCCGGGGGAUGGGCCAGGGCCAGGGGCCCUGGGGCUGUUUUGCCGGUGCUAAGGACUGAGUUGCUGGGGGCUCCCUUUCCCUCUGCUCAGAAUAAAACUGCGUGAUGGCAGAAUCUUGCAUUUGCACAGCCUAGCAGAAGACCCAGGAAUGCGCUGCUGGCCCCCUCCUCCCUCACACCCCCCAGGCGUCCCCGCCGCAGCGCCUCGGCCUUGGGGGAGGCAGGUGCCCAGCGUUUGCCUCCCCGCAGCACCUUUGCCUCCGGCAGGGGCUUCCG